AUGCACCAAAUUAAUUUGAAGAAAUCAGGGGCUAAAGGAGAGAUGGCUCUCAAGCUCGACAUGAGCAAGGCCUAUGACAGGGUGGAAUGGGCAUGCUUAGAUAAGAUAAUGGAGAAAUUGGGGUUUCACUCAAGAUGGAGAAGCUUAAUGAUGCAAUGCAUUUCUUCAGUCACUUAUGUUGUCAGUGUCAAUGGUAAACCUAGUGGCCAUAUUAUUCUGUCCAGUGGGCUCUGCCAAGAUGAUAGUUUAAUUUUCUACAAAGUCACUGUUGAAGAAGGUGAAGCCCUACAAAAAGUACUAUGUACGUAUGAGCAAGCUUCUAACCAACAGCUGAACCGUGCCAAAACUUCUCUGUUUUUCAGCCCUAACAUAGCUAAGGAGAUCCAGGAAGAGAUAAAAGUGAGUUUUGGUACUCAAGUGAUUUGGCAACAUGAGAAGUACCUGGGUCUUCCAUCGUUAGUGGGAAGAAAUAAGAAGAAUACUUUUAAGGAAGUCAAGACAAAGCUAGCUAAGAAGUUGGCAGGUUGGAAGGAAAAGCUAUUGUCUAAAGCUGGGAAGGAAGUUCUGAUAAAAGCAGUGGCCCAAGCUAUCCCGACAUAUGCUGUGAGCUGCUUUAAAAUCCCUGAUUCCCUUUGUGAUGAGAUGACAAUUAUCAUUAGGAAUUUUUGGUGGGGGCAAUGUAAGGAGGAACGGAAAAUGGCAUGGAUCAGUUGGGAGAAACUUUGUGCUCUUAAGGCUUAUUGGGGAAUGGGUUUUAAGCAACUAAAGUGUGAGUUUGUUGAUGCAAGUCUUAGAAAAAAUCCUUCAUUUGCUUGGAGGAGUAUUUUGGUGGCUCAGGAAAUUGUCAGGAAAGGUAGAAGGUGGCAAGUGGGUAAUGGCCAUAGCAUCAUGAUUUGGAAGGAUAAGUGGGUGCCUUCUCCCUUAACUUAUAAGGUUGUAUCUCCUGUCUCAAGCCUACCUGAGGACUCUCGGGUUGCAACCCUCAUAAAUGAAGUGGAUGGUACAUGGAAAAAUGAGUUGGUGCAGCAAGUCUUCCUUCCACAUGAAGCUGACUUAAUCUGUAGCAUUGCUCUAAGUGCUAAUCUGAUAGGGGAUAAGUAA